AUGUCGCAAAGCAGUGGGCCUGAUUUCAAUCUACCGGAUGAGAUUUUGGCGGUGAUUCCAACGGAUCCAUAUGAUCAGCUCGAUCUUGCGCGUAAAAUCACCUCCAUGGCGAUUGCCUCUCGUGUGUCGAAUCUUGAAGCUGAAAUGAUAAGGAUGAAGCAAAAGCUUAAAGAGAAGGAAAAAACUAUUUAUGACCUGCAGGAGAAGAUGUCUCACCUCGAGCACGCGAACCAGGAAGCUGAAUCUAGGUUGAAGAUUGCGCUUGAUGAUAAUACGAGGCUUUCCAGGGAACGCGAUUCUCUAUCAAUGACUUCAAAGAAACUUGGGCGUGAUUUAGCAAAGCUGGAGACAUUUAAGAGACAACUUAUGCUAUCAUUGAGUGAUGAAUCCUCUCAAACUGAAACUGUUGAUAUUGGAACCUGUGAUCAAGCAGUUCCUAAAGCAUAUACUGACAAGGAUGAGGUAACUAAUGGACACACCACGCAUUCAUUCAGUGGUUCUACAGAGACGAGAAGCACAAUAGUUGAAGGAAAGCAUAUUGGACAAAGAUUUUCAUCGCCGUAUAUCACCCCAAGGCUCACUCCAUCGGCAACUCCAAAAAUUAUUUCAACCAGUGUAUCCCCCAGAGGGUAUUCCACUGUUGCUUCUCCACAGAUAACGUCUGGUUCAACUUCUCCAACAAAACACUCAUACGAUGGACGAAUUGCACUAUCUCCAUGGUACCCAUCAAGCCAGCAGUCUUCAGCAGCAAGUUCUCCUCCUCGUUCUCGUCAACUGUCUGGUCGCCCUGCCCGGGUGGAUGGCAAGGAGUUUUUUCGCCUAGCCAGGAGUCGUCUGUCAUUAGAGCAGUUUAGUGCCUUCCUUUUGAACAUAAAGGAACUCAAUGCUCAUAAGCAGACUAGAGAGGAAACUUUAAGAAAAGCAGAAGAGAUAUUUGGGACAGAUAACAAAGAUCUUUUUCUGUCAUUUCAAGGAUUGGUUAACCGCAAUGUUCACUAGGCCUCUCUCUACUUGAGACUGUUUAGUUCACACAGGAUCGCUUCUUUUAGAUUAUUAGAAUCCAAAAUGUUUAUUCUCAACGGCUGUCUUGCUCUCUCUGGAGGCGCAUGUAUGCUGCAUGCAGACCCACUAUGUUGUAAAAUAUAAAAGAUCAAACCCUCUUGGAGUUGAAACUUCUUUUGUCUGUAGAAUCAAUGAGUUCAGUUUUUUAGAAGAGUAAGCAAUAUAGAUUUGGAGGGGGAAAAAAAAGAAAAAAGAAAAAGAAAAGGAAAGAAAAAACAGUUGAAUCUACCUCCAUCAUGUGCUUUUUAGUUGUAGCAUCUAAAGCUGCAGCCAGUCUCUUUGACAACUCUAUUUGGGGAAA